CUCGGAAGGAGAUGCUCUCUCUCUCUCAUUGACGGUCGAUUUUACACACCCUCCGCAGCUGCAGACCAUCCGCUGUGCAUCCGUGCCAUUUCAUACACACCUUGCAAUUCAGACGAUCGGAGAUCGGAGCAUUUAGAAAAGUGAAUCCGAUGGCACAGUGGACAAUACUUUUGGUGUCUUUAUAUGGAGUUCUGCAUGGACAAGAGAUUCAGCUUCCUUCUAUACAAUAUUGCUGUCAGGAUGGGAUGACUCGGGCCCAGAACAGACAAGCCUGUACAAUCCUCCCGCUCAUCUCCUCCUCUCACAUCUGCAGCGUCGCCCAGGAGCAGUGCUGUGCAGCAGCAGUAGAAGAUCAACUCUGUGACAACGGUAUCGAGAUGGCCAAGGGGCAAGGGGCCUGUGAGAGGCCCUUCUUUAAAGGAGAGCCCUGGGAAACCAAAAUCUCUAAGAUGUGUUGUGACUGCUGUACGCUCGGCCUGAUGAUGGCAAGCCGGGGUUCAAGCUGUGAGCUCCAGGGUUUGUUGCUGGGGGAGACA